CACAAAUCGAUUCCAAGAACACACAAGCUGAUCAAUACAAUCUUAGCGAACUAAAUACAUUCAAGAACCCAUCUUUUCUCUUCAUUGUGAAGUUUUUCCUCCCUUUUUUGAAGGAAUGGCUCGUAAUAAUCUUAAUGGUGGACUAACCAUGAGGGCUGCCGCCGGUGGUCUGGUGAAGGCCGCCGGUUUGUCUAGCCGUGCAUAUGUCACUUUCUUGGCGGGCAACGGUGACUAUGUGAAAGGAGUGGUGGGGCUGGCCAAGGGUUUGAGGAAAGUCAACGCUGCAUAUCCGCUUGUGGUGGCUGUUUUGCCUGAUGUCCCGGAGGAGCACCGCCGGAUAUUGAUAAACCAGGGAUGCAUCGUGCGUGAAAUCGAACCGGUUUAUCCUCCUGAGAACCAGACCCAGUUCGCCAUGGCUUAUUAUGUCAUCAACUACUCCAAGCUUCGUAUUUGGGAGUUUGUGGAGUACAGCAAGAUGAUAUACUUGGAUGGAGACAUACAGGUUUUUGACAACAUAGAUCACCUAUUUGAUUUGCCAAAUGCGUAUUUCUAUGCUGUGAUGGACUGUUUUUGUGAGAAGACAUGGAGUCACACCCCACAAUUCAAGAUUGGGUAUUGCCAACAGUGCCCGGAUAAGGUCCAUUGGCCUCAAGAAUUGGGUCUCAAGCCUCCUCUUUAUUUCAAUGCUGGGAUGUUUGUCUUUGAACCAAGUCUCCCCACCUACCAUGAUCUCUUGCACAAACUCAAAAUUACAACCCCAACUUCAUUUGCUGAGCAGGAUUUCUUGAACAUGUUCUUCAGGGAUAUUUACAAGCCAAUUCCCAAUAAUUACAACUUGGUUUUGGCAAUGAUGUGGCGCCAUCCCGAGAAUGUGAAGCUUGAUGAAGUUAAGGUGGUCCACUACUGUGCUGCAGGCUCCAAACCAUGGAGGUAUACUGGAGAAGAAGAAAACAUGGACAGAGAAGACAUCAAGAUGCUAGUCAACAAGUGGCGGGACAUUUAUAACGACGAGACAUUGAAUUACAACAGGGGUCCCGGUCGUAGUGCUAAAUCGACACCGGCGCUGCUUGAGGAGGCUGGUGUUGUUCAUUACAUCCCCGCUCCUUCGGCUGCUUAGUUUUGUCCUUUUGGUUGCUUAAUUAGGUUUUGAAUCUCAAAAGCUACUGAGUAAUUGAAUUGGCUCGAGUUUUUCAUGAAGCCAGUCCUCCAAGUAGCAUCUUUUUUCUUUUAUUUUUUUUAUUAGGGGAACGAAUUUAUGAAGUUCUCCUUGAUAUUGAUUGGAUUGUUGCUUUGUAAACAUUUAAAAAAUAUAUUUAUAUGAUAUUGUAAAUGUUACUCAAUGUUGUUAGGGAAAAUUCAUUGUAACCUUUCAUUGA